CGUCACCCGGGAGAAAGACAUGCGAAGUGAGGAGGAGCCGCCCCAGCCCCGAAGCCUGAAGUGUGAGUCACCCUCAAAAAGGGGGCUUGUUCAAGUAUAACUCCGCGCUUCUCCUUGCCAGUCUGCCAGCCAGCCAGCCUCACUGCUCUUCGGAUUGCAGCUGCAACGGAGCCUGCAGUCCGCAGCCCUCCUGGUAUAGGAGGACCGCGGGUAUCUGCAUUGAGAGAGGCGGAUUCCUUGUCCUGCAGCCACCCAAUCGGACGCGCAAGGCAGCGGACCCCCCUCCCCUCCAUCCCGAUUGAAUGUGCAGCCUCCUGUUCUGGAACAUCACCCGAGGUCACCAGAGGACAGCAUGAAAGAGGAGGUACGCCUCAAUGCCACUGAAGACCAGCAGCCCGGCUGGUUCCUGCCCAGCAAUGGCAGCAGCAAUUCCCUGUAUCUCUCCGAAGCUCCUCCUCCUCUUCCCUUGAAUCCUUGGGACGUUGUGCUUUGCGUUUCCGGGACCAUCAUCUCCUGCGAGAAUGCCAUUGUGGUGGCCAUCAUUUUCUACACCCCUGCCUUCCGGAAUCCGAUGUUCCUCCUGAUAGGGAGCUUAGCCACCGCAGACCUGCUAGCCGGCUUGGGCCUCAUCUUCCACUUUGCCUUUGUUUACUGCAUCCAGUCCCAGGUGGUGAACCUCAUCACAGUGGGCCUCUUGGUGUGCUCCUUCACUGCCAGUGUGGGCAGCCUCCUGGCCAUCACCAUAGACCGGUACCUGUCCCUCUACAAUGCGCUGACGUACUAUUCAGAACGGACGGUGACCCGGACGUACAUCAUGCUCAUCCUCACCUGGGGGGUCUCCAUCUGCUUCGGACUGCUGCCCGUCAUGGGCUGGAACUGCCUGAAGGAUCACUCCACCUGCAGCAUCGUCAAGCCGCUGACCAAGAACAACCUCAUCAUCCUCUCCAUCUCCUUCUUCAUGAUCUUUGCCAUGAUGUUGCAGCUCUACGUGCAGAUCUGCAAGAUCGUCUGCAGGCAUGCACAGCAGAUUGCCCUCCAGAGACACUUCUUGGCCACUUCGCACUACGUCACCACCAGGAAAGGCAUCUCCACCUUGGCUGUCAUCCUGGGGACUUUUGCUUCCUGUUGGCUCCCCUUUGCCAUUUACUGCCUCCUCGGAGAUUACACGUACCCAGCUCUCUACACCUAUAUGACAAUACUCCCGGCUACCUACAAUUCCAUGAUCAACCCUGUGAUCUAUGCCUUCAGGAACCAAGAAAUCCAAAAAGUCUUGUGGACUAUCUGCUGCGGCUGCAUUUCUUCCACCAUGCCUUUCCGAUCCAGAUCGCCCAGUGACGUCUGAGUCAUCACACUCCCAAGGAUCCUGCGCUGCUCAAAGACUAAUUCGCAAAAAUCCUUCCCCCCUCCUUCAUUUCUUCCCUUCCUAAUGUCCUUUCCCUCAUGUGAGUGAACUUGCCGUUUUGUCUUUUUAUUUAUUUUUCACUUAGGGAAAGAAGAGAGAAAUAUAUAUCAUUUAUUUUUUUAAUUCAUACAUUUUAAAAAAAACUCAAAUGUGUUUCGGACAGAUUGGUGUGUGUGUGUGUGUGUGUGUGUGUGUGCGUGCGCGUGCGUGCGCGUGCGUGUCUGUGUGUUAGUUACAUGUCCAAAAUCUGAUGUCAGUUGUUUGUUUGAGAUCUUUGUAAUGCAUUAUUUUCUUAAAUGGGAAGAAACCUCAAGACCUUUUGACCUUGCUUUUUGAGUUCCUACAGCCUUAAUUACCUCAGAUCUUCAGAAAAUAUUUUUCUACAUUUAGACAAAUUCCAUUGUAUCCCCCUCUCCAUCUUUUAUUUCUCCUACCCCACCCAACUGAAGGAAGAAGAGAGAGACCCGAAAUUCGCCAGCUUCUAAAAUAAAUGUACACAUUAUUUAUUUGUAUUUUCCAGCUUUUAGACACAAAAUAGAUUUUCCCCUGUUCUGUAUUUUGCUGCCCUCUGGUGUUCAUUCUGUUUUAAUGCACAUAAAAAUACGAAGGUGGGUGAACAGGGAGAGAGGAGGGUUAUUUUGCAUGUCUAGCAAAGCCAGUAUUAACAAAUGGAAUGUAUAACUAUUAGCUAUAAACAAUGUGAGUUGAAAGAGAUUAAUAUGUUGCUAGGGCUACAAUCCUAGACACAUUUACCAGAGAGCAAGUCCCACAGAACUCAGUGGGACUUACAUCUAAGUAGGCAUGCCUAGGAUCAUGCUGUCAUGAACCUCAGAGGUAAUACUCUAAAAUAAGUGAUUUAAGGAUCACAGUCAUUGCACUAGAAACUGUCAUGCACAGGAGAAGAGGGGGCAUUUCUGACUAUGGGGAAACAGAAAAGCCAACAUUGAAAACCAUGGAUCACAUAGUCUAUAAAUCAACCUUUCUCAACCUGGUGCCCUCCAGAUGUUGUUGGGCAAAAGCUCCCAUUGUCCCAAGCAUUGGCCAUCUGGGGGGGUUAUGUCGAGUAACAUCCAGGAAGGGGCUGGGGCAAGCUGAUCUAUAUACUUUAUUUCCUCCCCUGCUCCUCUGAAUUUGCACAAAUCCUGGCAAGGACAUUAAUGUAACAAGGCACUUUUGGAAAUCUGAUGUUUUUACUACUGCGUUGCAGAGCAGCUUAUAGAAAAGGCUCUGUAUGAGUUGAGAAGUACUGUACACUUUUGUUUACAGCCAUCAGAGAAAUAAAGAUAAUUUUGUGAUACACAUGGCUGC